AUGUUGUCAAAACGCGUCGUCGCGCUUGCUCGCGGAAGGGCAACUGCGACUCUUUCGAAAAACGCUGUUCCUCUAUCGCGCGGAUGGGAGGCUGCAAGUUCAUAUACAAGACGCGCACAAUUCCACAGUACCAACCUUCUUCAGGAUGAGGUCGUGAAGGUCCCACAAAUGGCGGAGUCCAUAUCGGAGGGCACUCUUAAGUCGUGGCUGAAGAAACCAGGUGAAGCAGUCGAGGCGGAUGAGGAGGUUGCCACCAUCGAGACCGACAAGAUCGACAUAUCAGUGAACGCCCCCGCUGCUGGCAAGAUCAUAGAACACCUUGCGAACGAGGAGGACACCGUCACCGUCGGUCAGGAUCUCUUCAAGUUCGAGCCUGGUGCAGCUGGGGACGCCCCAACCGACCCUACACCCUCCCCUCCUUCUUCUGAGCAGCCUAAACAGGAGAAAGCCGAUGAAGCCGAACCUAAAGACCAACAAGUCGACAAAGACACGCCUCCUCCUCCCGCGCCACAGGGUGGCGCACAAGGUGGUAGGCCAUCGGACGCGGGUGAGAGCAAGAAGGACGUGAAGGAGACUUCAAAACCUGCGCCUGAGAAGAAGGAGAGUAAACCGAAAGCGAAGGAAGAGAAGCCAUCGACACCUCCCGUUGCUGGAAGCCGCAAUGAGACUAGGGUCAAGAUGAACCGCAUGCGCCUGCGUAUUGCCGAGCGUCUGAAGGAGUCCCAGAAUGCUGCAGCCUCGCUCACGACGUUCAAUGAGAUCGAUAUGUCGUCGUUGAUGGAUAUGAGGAAGAAGUACAAGGACCAGAUCCUGAAGGAGCACGAUGUCAAGCUUGGGUUCAUGAGUGCGUUCGCGAAGGCUUCAUGUUUGGCUCUCAAGGAGAUCCCAUCUGCGAACGCUUCUAUCGAGGGCGACGAGAUCGUAUACCGCGACUAUGUCGACUUGAGCGUGGCGGUCGCCACUCCCAAAGGUCUCGUCACGCCCGUCGUCAGGAACGCGGAGUCCAUGUCUUUCCUUGACGUCGAGAAGGAGAUUGUUUCUCUCGGCAAGAAGGCAAGGGAUGGAAAGCUGACCUUGGAGGAUAUGGCUGGUGGUUCGUUCACCAUUUCCAACGGUGGCGUGUUUGGCUCGCUAUAUGGAACCCCUAUCAUCAACCUGCCUCAGGCUGCUGUUCUCGGUGCGUUCUUGUUUCUUACGUUCAUAUCCGAGCGUCUUUCCCUCGAGCACAUCGUCACUUCCCACGGCCGGCAAACACGCCGUUCUCGCUCGUUCUACGUUCCCUUUUGGGGCGAGUGA